CAUUGUUCAAUAAACGCCCUCCUGAGUGCACGCUGUCCAACAGCGACACGGCGAAGACGUAAAGGGAACGCUCACUUUAUUUGACUUUCCCUUCUCAUUCGAAGACAGCUUUCUAAGACUGCUAUGACGUCUCGCAGGUGGUUCCACCCCAACAUCACCGGCAUUGAGGCAGAGCAGCUCCUGUUGACACGGGGGGUCCACGGCAGUUUCCUAGCCCGGCCGAGCAAGAGCAAUCCGGGGGAUUUUACUCUCUCUGUCAGGCGGAGUGAUGAGGUCACCCAUAUUAAGAUCCAGAAUUCAGGGGACUACUAUGACCUCUAUGGAGGGGAGAAGUUUGCCACGCUGGCAGAGCUGGUGCAGUACUACACAGAGCAGCACGACCUCCUCAGAGAGAGGAAUGGAGACGUCAUCGAGCUCAAGUACCCACUCAACUGCAAAGACCCCACCUCCGAGAGGUGGUACCACGGGCACCUCUCUGGGCGCGACGCUGAGAAGCUGCUUACGGACAAGGGCAAGCCAGGCAGUUUCCUGGUACGCGAGAGCCAGAGUAAACCAGGUGACUUCGUGCUCUCUGUCCUCACCAACGAGGAGAAACAUGAAAACGUGGACCGCAAGACCAAGGUUACCCACGUCAUGAUCCGAUACCAGCAGGAUGGGAAGUAUGAUGUGGGCGGAGGAGAGAGGUUUGACACGCUAGCUGACCUGGUGGAUCACUACAAGAAGAACCCCAUGGUGGAGAAGAGUGGAAUUGUUGUUCACCUCAAACAGCCCUUCAAUGCCACCAGAAUAAAUGCCGCCAACAUUGAGAACAGGGUAAAGGAGCUCAACAAAGUGGCGGACAACUCCGAGAAGCCCAAACAAGGGUUCUGGGAAGAGUUUGAGGUGCUACAGCAGCAGGAGUGUAAGCUCCUCUACCCCAGGAAAGAAGGACAGACAGCAGAGAACAAGAGUAAAAACAGAUACAAGAACAUCCUCCCUUUCGACACUACGCGGGUGGAGAUCAGGGAAGCAGACGCAGAUGUGCCUGGCUCAGACUACAUCAAUGCCAACUACAUCAGAAGUAUGCAUGAAGAGGGCUGUCACGUGGAGGAGGGCAAGGUUUUCAUCGCCACCCAGGGCUGCCUACAGAACACUGUGGUGGACUUCUGGAAGAUGGUCUACCAGGAGAACACACAUGUCAUUGUCAUGACCACCAAGGAGAUGGAGAGAGGACGGAACAAGUGUGUGCGCUACUGGCCUGACCUCAAUGCCACUAAGGAGUUUGGGAAAGUGUGUGUGAAGAACGUGGAGGAGCGUCCAGCUCAGGACUACAUCCUGAGGGAACUGGAGGUGACGCGUUUGGACAGGAGGGAGCCGAUGAGGUAUAUCUGGCACUACCAGUACCUGAGCUGGCCUGACCACGGUGUUCCCAACGAGCCUGGGGGCGUGCUCAGCUUCCUGGAGCAGGUCAACCGCACACAGAGCACCAUUCAAGACACCGGGCCCAUUGUGGUCCACUGCAGUGCAGGAAUCGGGAGAACAGGCACCAUCAUUGUCAUUGAUAUUCUCAUUGACAUCAUCAACAGACAAGGAUUAGACUGUGACAUCGACAUCCCUAAGACCAUCCAGAGGGUUCGUCAGCAGCGGUCAGGCAUGGUGCAGACAGAGGCCCAGUAUAAGUUCAUCUACAUGGCUGUCCAGCAGUACAUUGACACGGCACAGAAGAGACUGGAGGAGGAGCAGAGGAAUAAGACAAAGGAGAGGGAGUACUCCAAUAUCAAAUACCCCCAGAUGACCAACGCUCGGUCAAAACCCAACAUGACCUGUGUGUCACGCUCCUCCUCUGUGGUGACAAACGACGACCCGUCCGCUGUGUAUGAGAACCUGAACAUCAAGAACCCAAGUACCUCUGGGAACAGCAGUAACACCAGGAAGUAAAAGUUCAGCCACAGACCUCUGCCUCUCUCAACCUCUCUUUUCAACAGAGGUGCCGCUUCGCCAGCGCACCAUGGGGGACCUGUGGAGCUCUGGCCCCUGACCCCCCUGGCAGUGGAACACCCCCCCCCCCCCUCCCCGCUGCCCUGCUGGCUGUCUGGAGCCUCCCUCUCCAAGGAGAGAGGGGUACAGCACAGUGCUCUUGUCCUUCUAUCUCCACCCCCCAUCUCCCCCUCUCUCUCUCUCUCUCUCUCUCUGAAUGACUUCAAGUCUCUACAGCCUCUCCUGUCUCCAGACAAAGUGCCUCGUCUACAGACAUGUCUGUAACCCCCGUAUUUGGUCCCACAGUUGUUCCAUCUCAUCCCCUAACCCACCAACCAACCCAACAAAUGUCCUUUGCUUAUUUCUGUAGACUUUCGAACUAAAUCGACACAAGAAACAAACAAUGGUGUACUCAAUGUUCAGGUGAUGUUUUGCUCCAUCGUGUUCAACCAUGAAUGGGGUGGACGGGACAAGAAAGGGUGAAGCUAUGCCGUUUCUCUUUGCGCUGUUGGAAUCCUCUCUCUCUCUCUCGCUCUCUCUCUCUCUCUCAAUUCAAUUCAAAGUGCUCUCUCACUCUCUCUGCUGGCUGUCAUCUACUUGAACCAAAGACUCUAGCAAUGUUCUGUUUUUGCUAGCAGCUGUCAUUACUGCAGUGUUGAGUAAUGGCGGGGAAACAGUGAAGCGAUCUCCUACCACUGAGGCACUGGCACGGACAAGCAAAGUCCUUACACAACCCUUUCCCAUGAAAGGCAAGAGGAAAGUCAGGAUAUUUUCAAUGGGCCUUUGUCAGUGGGGAGCUGAUUUGUUUAUCUUAUUGGUUCCACCGAUGGUCUUUUGUGCCAUGCUCAUCUACUGUAGUGGUUCCAUCAUCACAGCUACUGAGAGCCUAUUCAAUCAAGGAUAAUGAGCUCCUCUCCGGACUCCAUUUUGUUUCUUGUCCUGUGGUUGCUGGAAGGGGGGAGCUUGAAGCAUCAAUUAACUUGUGCAAUUUUUCUAUUUAUUUAGUUUUAAUCUGUGUCCUUUCAAUUCAUUCUUGUUUCUUUUCUUGUUAUUAUUGGUGUGAUUUUGUAAUGUACAGGACAUGGUUUUUAAUGUUAGUGCGGUAUUACCUCUGAAUAAAGAAAGAUCCAAUUCCAUUAUUAUCAGUUGACAGAAAGCACAAUUCUCUGAAUUUGCAGUUGCUUUACAGAUCCUGUUUUAUAUAAAUUUUGAGGUCAACGUCAAACGAUAAAAUCGGUCGGAUCUGCAGUCUUUCUCUCUCUGUGUAGGUUGUAACUCCCGUUGGUUUCAGCGAAGGUUUUCCUCCUAAUCGAAUGGCAUAAUAAACAGGGUUAAACAUUUGCCAAGUGAGAGAUAGACAAGGGUAGCAGAAAAUGGGAUAGAGGAGAAGAAAUGUCAGGAUGCUAGCCAGGCUGCCAUCACUGAAGUCUUUAUGAAUAUUACUGGGCCAGAUGGCCUACAGCCCAAGAUUAAAGAGUAGAUUUGUCUCCAAAAAGUAAUUUGCAAGAUGGUUAUAAUCCUGGCUUGACUUUGUUUGGGGGAGUAAAAACCGACAUCAGUGAUGAUGUCAUAUGAAGGGUGACACCACACAGCAAAGAGCCUUCAGUAAUAUAUAUAUACACUGCUCAAAAAAAUAAAGCGAACACUUAAACAACACAAUGUAA